AGGAACACGAAGAGGGAGAGAAAGCAAGCUCAAAUCGUGGCAUUGGCAACUAGCAGAGGCAUUUAUGGCGGCUUCCCCAGUUGCCACAGAUGAUGCCACUGUUUAGUGGACGACAUCUGUUAAGAGGAGAUGCCAUGGACGAUGUCACGAAGAUACAUUGACUGGAUGGGAUCAGAAGACACCAACACAGUGGGAAAAGUUUCUGUCAGAAGGAACGUAUAAAGAGGUGCUGACCAGAUAGGUGUACCCCUGUGAAGACAAGAAAAUAAAGAUGAGGGUUUCCAACAGUCAACUGCAGCAGCUCACCAUCUUCACCACUGUUGUGACUGGUGCAGGAACAGGCAUUAUGUAUUUCCUGCUACAGAAGAAAUUCUCUGAGUCAGAGUACUACAGACUUGCUCUGCAGGAGUUGGAAGCAUGCCCAGUUGCCAUGGAAAAGCUUGGAGCCCCUCCUUUAAAAGUCCAUAACAUCCAUUUAAUGGACAGAAACAACCGUGUGGAUCAACAGACUGCACAGAUAAAGAUUCCUGUGACUGGGUCUAGAACUGGAGGUUAUCUGUACACUUGUUCAUUAAGAGAUCCCAUUACUAACAGGUGGUGUCUGAAGGAGGCAGCUCUGAAGCUCCGUGAAGGACAGACCAUCAGUUUGCUGAAAUCGUCAGCAGCCGCAGCACGGAUGCAACAGAUAACUUACAGGGGAUAGACACAGGCAGCCGACACUGGCCAACAAUAUGAACGAAUAUGAAUAUAAUAAAAGUGAAUUAUAUCAGCAGAUUCUAAAAACAAAUGUCAGCACAUCUGUCUGUGAGCUGAACUUUAAGAGAAAGUGGCUCAUCCAACAAGACAGUCAACUCAGGCACACAGGUCGAGACCUUGAUCCAAUGGAAAUGUUGGAGGCACUAAAUUAGUGGAGGCACUAAAGCAAGCCCAUUAACAUCUCAGAACUGAAGUGGCUCUGCACUGAAGAAUGGUAUUCCCAGCCGCUCUGGUUGACAGAUCAGAAUUUACUGAAGAUGUUUAUUGUCUGCUAUUGCCGCAAAAGGGGGUCACACCAGAUACUGAAAACAAGGCUUCACUUACUUUUCACCUCACAGAGAUGUCCAAAUGAUGAAUGAAUAAACAAAUGCAAAGGCA